CUCUCUCUCUCUCUCUGCCCCCUUCUCUGUAUCUCCACAGCCAUCUCCCUCUCUCAUCUGCAACUAAACAAUCCAUUCAUAAUUCACGAAUUCAUCAUUUCUUUCCUUCUUUGAGUUUCUCUGUGAAGAGAUUUAGAAAUCUCUGAAAAAGAAAAAUAAAAAAAUAGUAAUAAAGUUGUAAGACAGACAGAGAGAAAGAAAUCAAAACCCCCACACAAAGCAAUAAUUCACUUCUCUUUUCCUUUUCAUUUCUCCUUUUUCACACUCUCAUCUCUCUUUAUUGCCAGCUCUUCUAUCCUCAUUUUAGCUCAGUCUCUCUCUCUCUCUGCGUCUCCACAUAACGCACAAUCAUCUUUUUUGACGCAGAAAUUUCCGGAAGGCUCUUGUGCAAUUUUCAGAUAGCAAAUAGCUGGGUUUCAAACAUCAUACACUCUGUUUUUGAAUAAAAAGCAAUCAUAAGGAGUAUUUUAGGCAAUGUCUAGCUCUGCAAAAGCUUUGGAUCCUGCAUUUCAGGGAGUGGGCCAGAGACUAGGGACUGAAAUUUGGCGAAUCGAGAAUUUUCAGCCAGUUCCACUGCCAAAAUCUGAUCAUGGAAAAUUCUACGUGGGGGAUUCUUACAUUGUUUUGCAGACAACCCCUGGCAAGGGAGGUGCUUAUCUGUACGAUAUCCACUUCUGGAUUGGAAAAGAUACUAGUCAGGAUGAAGCUGGAACAGCAGCUAUCAAAACUGUCGAACUAGAUGCAGUUCUUGGAGGACGUGCAGUGCAGCACAGGGAACUUCAAGGACAUGAAUCUGACAAAUUUUUGUCAUACUUCAAACCUUGUAUUAUACCGUUAGAGGGAGGUGUUGCAACUGGGUUUAAAAAAGUCGAGGAGGAAGCAUUUGAAAUACGAUUGUAUGUAUGUAGAGGGAAACGCGUUGUCAGAUUGAAGCAGGUUCCUUUCGCCCGGUCAUCAUUAAAUCAUGAUGAUGUUUUUAUCUUGGAUACUGAGAAAAAAAUCUAUCAAUUCAAUGGCGCAAACUCUAAUAUCCAGGAAAGAGGCAAGGCUUUGGAAGUGAUUCAGUUUUUGAAAGAAAAGUAUCAUGAAGGAACAUGCGAUGUUGCAAUUGUUGAUGAUGGGAAAUUAGACACCGAGUCAGACUCUGGUGAAUUCUGGGUCCUGUUUGGUGGUUUUGCUCCAAUUGGCAAAAAGGUUGCCAACGAAGAAGACAUUAUCCCAGAGACAACUCCAGCCAAACUUUAUAGUAUUACUGAUGGUGAGGUGAAGAUUGUAGAAGGCGAGCUGUCCAAAGGAUUGUUAGAAAACAAUAAAUGUUAUCUCCUUGACUGUGGUGCUGAGAUAUUUGUUUGGGUUGGUCGUGUAACACAAGUGGAGGAGAGAAAAGCUGCCAGUCAGGCUGCUGAGGAAUUUGUUGCAAGCCAAAACAGGCCAAAAACUACUCGAUUAACCCGGCUGAUUCAAGGUUAUGAGACACGUUCAUUCAAGACAAACUUUGAUUCUUGGCCUGCUGGAUCUGCAGCUCCUGGUGCUGAAGAGGGAAGAGGGAAAGUUGCAGCUUUGCUGAAGCAACAAGGUGUUGGUCUCAAGGGUAUGACAAAAAGUGCUCCUGUAAAUGAGGAAGUACCACCUUUGCUUGAAGGAGGUGGAAAGAUGGAGGUAUGGUGCAUUAAUGGAAGUUCCAAGACUCCAUUGCCAAAGGAGGAUGUUGGUAAAUUUUAUAGUGGAGAUUGCUACAUCAUUCUCUAUACAUAUCACUCUGGUGAUAGGAAAGAAGACUAUCUUCUCUGCUGUUGGUUUGGAAAUGAUAGCUCAGAGGAGGACCAGAAGAUGGCUGCUCGGCUGGCUAAUACGAUGUCCAACUCAUUAAAGGGCAGGCCUGUACAGGGUCGUAUUUUUCAAGGUAAGGAACCUCCACAAUUCAUUGCACUUUUUCAGCCUAUAGUGAUCCUCAAGGGUGGUCUGAGCUCUGGUUACAAGAAAAGCAUAGCAGAGAAAGGAUUGUCGGAUGAAACUUACACAGCAGAUUCUGUUGCACUCUUUCGGAUAUCGGGAACUUCAGUUCAUAAUGAUAAGGCAGUGCAAGUGGAUGCGGUGGCAACGUCAUUGAAUUCUGCUGAGUGCUUCCUUCUGCAAUCUGGCUCAUCAAUUUUCACCUGGCAUGGGAAUCAAAGCACCUUUGAGCAGCAGCAGUUAGCUGCAAAAAUUGCUGAUUUUUUGAAGCCAGGAGUUGCUUUGAAACAUGCUAAAGAAGGAACUGAAAGCUCAGCCUUUUGGUUUGCCCUUGGAGGCAAACAAAGUUACACCAGCAAAAAGUUUUCUCCAGAAACUGUCAGAGAUCCUCACUUGUUCACAUUCUCCUUUAAUAAAGGGAAAUUUCAGGUGGAGGAAGUUUACAACUUCUCUCAAGAUGAUUUGUUGACUGAGGAUAUCUUGAUACUUGAUACACACGCAGAAGUGUUUGUUUGGGUUGGCCAAUAUGUAGACCCCAAAGAAAAGCAAAAUGUUUUUGACAUCGGCCAGAAAUACAUCGAGAUGGCUGUGUCUCUGGAUGGUUUGUCUCCAAAUGUACCACUGUAUAAAGUUACUGAAGGAAAUGAACCUUCAUUCUUCACAACAUACUUUUCAUGGGAUCUCACAAAAGCCACUGUUCAAGGAAACUCAUUCCAAAAGAAGGCCGCACUACUUUUUGGGCUAGGACAUCAUGUUGUGGAGGAAAGGUCCAACGGAAAUCAAGGAGGACCAACCCAAAGGGCUUCAGCUUUAGCUGCCUUAUCUUCUGCUUUCAACCCAUCAUCUGGGAAGUCAUCGCUUCUGGAUAGGUCCAACGGGUCAAAUCAAGGAGGAACAACACAGAGAGCUUCUGCUUUAGCUGCCUUAUCCUCUGCAUUCAAUUCAUCCCCGGGAUCGAAAACUACUGCUUCGAGGCCAUCUGGAACCGGUCAGGGAUCACAGAGAAGAGCAGCUGUUGCUGCUCUUUCAUCAGUUCUUACUGCUGAAAAGAAGCAAACACCUGAAACCUCUCCUUCUCGUAGUCCUCCCUCAGAAACUAACCUUCCUGCUGAAGUGAAAAGUGAAACAUUAUUUGAAGCAGAGGGUUCUGAAGGAGUUGCGGAAGUCAAGGAAAUGGAAGAAACUGCAUCUGUAUCUGAAAGCAAUGGAGGAGAGGAUUCAGAAAGAAAGCAAGAUACAGAGCAUGGGGAGAGUGAUGAUGGGAAUGGUCAAAGUACAUUCUGUUAUGAUCAACUAAAGGCUCACUCUGACAAUCCUGUUAAAGGAAUUGAUUUUAAACGCAGAGAAGCAUAUCUAUCAGAUGAGGAGUUCCAAACUAUUUUUGGGGUGACAAAAGAAGCAUUUUAUAAAAUGCCAAAAUGGAAGCAGGACAUGCAGAAGAAGAAAUUUGAUUUAUUCUAGAGAUCAAGUCCAUUGAAGGGAAUUAUUUCUCUACCCUUUUGUGCUCUAACUCAAAUUUCCUCAAAUCAUUAUGGUCUUGACUGCUCUGUUGAAAAACCGUGCUUUCAUUGGUGAACCAUGCCUGGCUUGUUACGUCUAGCAUUUCACUAUUUACUCCUUGAUGGGAAUGUAGCUGUGAUUAGUAUCGUGAUUGGUUGUGAUUAUGCCUGAAGAGUGAGUUUUGCCCGUGUUUUUUCACUUUGAAUCUACUUUUGCCUCUUUUAUUGAUACCAGAUUGUAGUCUCUGGCAGUUGGCAGCACAAAUUCUUUUAUAUGGUCACAAUGUAUCUCAUCUGUGAUUAUUUGACUUUUUUUUUUUUAUCUUUUUAUUUGUUAAGAAAAAAAGGGUGUACAUGUAUUGAACUUGUACUCGAGUCAAUAUUCAGGAAUGAAAAUUUGUUGUUUGGAAUAA